AUGGAUAUGGCACUAGAAAUUACAAGUAGACAAUAUUAUAGAAAUGAAGAAGAACAAAAACAAUCAUUUGAAAUUUUCCAAUAUUUUUGGGAAAAGAAAAAAGAUACUGUUCAAUGCACUCAAUCAGAGUUAUUCAAUCCAAAUAGAAAUUAUAAUACAUAUAUGUUACAAUUAAUUUUAAAUAAUCCAAGUUUAUAUGGUGAAUCUUCACAAUCAAAUAAUAAUAAUAAUAAUAAUAAUAAUAAUAAUAAUAAUAAUAAUAAUAAUAAUAACAAAAUUGGUUUAAUGACAUCAAGACAAUUUUUUAAUCUUGCAAUUAUGUCAGUAAUACCUGAAAAAAUUAAAAUUGAAUUACUUAAUAGAGGAUUUGUUAAAAAUGAAAAAAGUAUAUAUCGUGAUGGUGAUUAUAUUGCUAAAACAAUUCAAAAGCAAUCACCAUAUCUUCCACAAUCAGUUUAUAGUUAUUUAGAAAAGAGUUAUCAUUUGAAUGAAUUAUAUGAAAAUCAUACCAUUUCAGUUUUUUAUUUUUUUAAAAUAUUAAUUGAAUAUCCUGAAAAAGAAGAUUCUCUUUCAAUUUUAAAAAAUUUCGUUAAUGUAGCACACAAAUUUACAGAUUUAGAAAUUAAAUCAUAUAAAACAUUAUCAAUUAAUCCAAAAAGUUAUAAACCAAGUCAAAAAGUAGAAAUUUUACAAGCUAUUUCAAGUUUUCAUUUUACAUUGAAAAUUAAGAUAAUAGAAUCACUAUUUCCGAUUGAUUCAUUAACAUUAAAAUCUACACGAUUCAUUUUUGAUAAAUUAAAAUAUUCAAUUGAUAAUGUUGGAACAAUAGAACAUGUUCCAAAUGCAGAAUUAAUUCCACAAAGUUUUUAUCAUUUGAAUAUUAUAAAAACAGCAGAUGUAGAUUUACUUGACCAAUUUUUAAAUGAAUUUCAUUCAGAUGCUGAAAGAAAUUUAAUAUUUAGAAUAUAUGAUGAAAAUCCAUUAAAUAAAGAUUAUUUCAAAGAUUGUUCAAUUCAAGAUAGUGAAAAGAUAUCAAAACUCAUCGAUAGACUAUCAAGUGUUAAAGAAUUCAAUUCAAAUUCAAAUUCAUUUUUAAAAUUGUUUAAAAUCAAAACUUUUACCAAUUUCGAUUUAUUAAAAUUUAAAGAAACAUCACGUAAACAAACAUAUAUACACGCUAAAGUUUUAGACCAAGCAUUAUGUGAUUUCUUUUCAGAAAAGAAUAAUUUAACAUCAAAUUUAACAUCAUUCAUUAAAUUCAUUAAUUUUAGAACUCUUGCAAUUACAUAUCUCAUUGAAAAAGUUUUAAAUUCCAAUGAUUUAGAACUUACAGAAUUAUUAUUAAAUACAAUAUGUAAUAAUAAUAACAAUAAUAAUAAUAAUGGUGCAGGUAUUAUAAUGGCUCCAGUUUCUUUUAAAACAUCCAAUCCUGACAUAAUUAAAUUAAUCAUUUCAAAAAGUAAUUGUCAUAAAUUAUUUGAUUUUGAAGGUUUAAUUGAUACAGUUAUUAGCGCCAGCAAUGUUUGUAAUAUUAGUAAUCCAAAUACUGAUUCUCAAACCAUUGAAUUAAUUGAAAUUGUUAUUGAUUUUUUACAUUCAAAUAAAAUUUAUCAAAGAAAUUCAAAAGAAGGAUUUGGAUUUGGAUUUGGAUUUGGAUUUGGAUUUGGAACAACGAAUCAACAAGCUGAAAAAACAAUAAUUUCCAACGAUGCAACAAAGAUUGCACUUUUAAAGAAGAAAUCCAUUGAAAUUUUACAACUUUUAUUUAAAUAUAAAAACCUGUUUCAUUGGGAUUCACAAUUAUUUCCAAAACUUCCAAAAUUACCAACUAUUCAAUUGGAUGAUGAAAUACUUCCAAAAUCAGAUAAACCAAUAAUGUCAAUUUAUGAACACCAAGAUUUAGAAGACCAAGAUAUAUAUCAAUGUAGAAGAAGAAAGCCAAAAAAUAAACAUGGUGGUGGAAGUGGUAGAAGAAGAAUUGAUACCUAUGAUGACACUGAUUAUGAUGGCACCAAUAACAACAUUCCCUAUAUUGGUAGUAUUGGUGGUAGUGUUUUUGCAAGUACUGAAGAUUCAGUCAAUGGUGGUCUUAGUAGUAGUAAUAACAAUAAUAAUGAAUUAGGUAGUAAUCAAAGUCAAUUUAUUCUUGGUGGUAAUUUUACAGGUUUUAGUGUAAAUUAUCAGAGUAAAGAUAAAAAUAAGAUUAGAAAUCUAUACAAUACCAAUUUCCUUGAUAAAUUUAAAACUCAUCAAGCUCAAUCAAUAUUUGAUUCAAUGGAUCAAUUCAAUAGAAAUAAUAUGUUUUCAUUUAUACACUCGAGUAGUAGUGUUUUUCAAGAUUCAAUAUAUCAUUCAAUAAAGAAUAGAAGAAUAGAUGUAAUUGAAAAAUUAAUAACUAUUCAGAUGUUUACAGAUGAUCAUGCAAAAUUAAUUUAUUCAGAUUUUUUAAAAAGAAUUAUUAGAAAAGAUGAUGGUGUUGAUUUAAUAGCUUUUAAAUACCUUUUUUCACAUAGAUUCCUCAAGAUAUUCAGUACAGAGUUUUUACAAACAAUGUCACAAGAAUUAUUAAUUUGUGCUGUUUCAGAAUGUUGUUUUCAUCUUUGUCAUUGGUUAUUGUCAACAGAUAAUCCAUGCAAUGUAUAUGUUGAAUUCUUGCCAUUUAAAACAACCUAUAUUUUGAAUGUCGAGAAAAAAUUAUCACAUUGCGAAUCACCAGUUUUCAAAGAAUAUAUGAUGAAAAAAUUAAAACCUUUUAUUAAAUACUAA